ACUGGAAAUUAGUGCCACGAGCCCACCAUCCUCAAAAAGUGUUCUUUUUCUUCCAAAGAGGCCACCACCACAUCGCCUCGCGACAGCACACAGUGGAUACUAUCAAUCUCAAGACAACAACGUCACAAUGGCGGACGCUCCGCCGCCAAGCCAGUCUCUACCGCUCGGCCUGGAAGAAAUAGAACGACUGGUCAAGUCCCUCUACGAGCCCGGAAAUGCAAAGAAGAUCUCUGAAACAGAAGCAACAUUGCGAGUUUUGCAACACUCACCGCAGGGUUGGGAAAUUGCAGAUGCUUUGCUGAACAACAGCGAUGAGAAUGUUCGAUUCUUCGGAGCCCUUACCUUUACUAUCAAGCUCAACAACGACUCUGCUUCUUUGAGUGAAGAACAUUCACAGCAACUUCUUUCUAAACUUAUUUAUCAUUUGGUCUCAAGGGAUGGCACCUCAGUGUCCACGCGGAAGCUGUGCUCAACACUGGCUCAGUAUUUUUCCAAGCCCGUCUCAACUUGGGAGAAUUGCAUCAGGAGCUUGGUUCUUUCUUUUGCACAGAAACAGCCUGUUCUAGAUGAUGAUCUUGACUCACAGCCGUCCACCUGGGACGUUCUUCCCCAGUUGUCAGAUAAUCAGGUAUUAAUCCUAUUGGACUUUGCCAUGAAUCUGUCCGAGGAGGUGAAGAAGUUAUCUAAUGCGCCCGAUCGGACUCCUCAUAAGCGAAUGAUCGCAAAUGCUGAGAGUAUCGAGGCUCUCCUGCAGGUCUCAUUCGGGCGUGGUAUCAAAUACUUCUCCACUCCAGAAAAGGAGGAGAGUAUGUUCCAUGGAGAGAAACUAUGUGUGGCUUCUCUCAAGUGUUUCUCUGGAUGGGUCGGCUACGCUCAAUCGGAGUUCAAAGAGGUCCCUGAAAAGAUGCAAUACCUCAGAUCUGUCUCGGAACUAGCGUUGUCGUGCCUCGAGUACCACGUCGAUGAUGCUAUGGAGACGGUUGCCGAAAUCCUAGAGAAUUACCCAAAGUUCUUUGAGACGAAACAUCUCAAUCUGCUUUGGUCUGCGAUAAUGAGUCCCUGGGGCAUAGAGAUCCUCAAGAAUCUAGACGCUGAAACCGUCUCCCUUGCGAGGAUCAUCGUUGCAUACGGACAAAUCUUGCUAGAGUCAAAGAAGCUCUUCCAAGAACAUGAAAAUGAGCAUCACCAACAGGUUAUGUCUGUAUUGCACGAGUUACUCAAGUACCCCGACUUCGUCGGAGUGGACGAUGAAGUUGCGCCAGUCUUGUUGGAUUUCUGGAGCAACUACGUCAACACCAUAUCCGAGGAAUCCUUCCAAUUUCUGGAAGAAGACACCAAGCCUGCGUGGCUCGAGAAGGCGGCUGGUCACGUCUUCCAAGUCGUUGCAGAAUUCCUACAGAAGAUCAUAUUCCCUCCCGCGGAGGUUACGAAGCAGUGGGAUUCGGAUUCGAAGAAGACGUUCAAGGUGUUCCGCAUUGAUGUUCGAGACAUCAUACAAGAAGCAUACGAGGUCCUGCGGGAAACCAUUCUAGAGCAGUUCAUCGACUUCACUAUCCGCGCAUUCGACGCUACCAACUGGCUUGAGCUCGAGGCCGGCCUUUUCUGUUUAAUUUCUAUUGGCGACGCGAUGACCGAGUCGAAUGAUUCACGCCUUCAACGUCUCUUCGAGCGUCCGUUGUAUCAGGUCAUUUCUGGCAACGGCGAGAUCCCUGCGGUCACACAGCGUACCGCUGUUGAGAUGAUAGCUGCCUUCGACAGCUUCUUCUUACGACACCCGGAGUACUUGCCGCAGGUUUUGCCAUUCCUCCUAAGCGCUCUCGCUCAACCAUCUUUGGCCCACGGAGCCGCUAAAUCGUUCGCAUCGCUUUGCUCCGAAUGCCGGAAGUCGCUCACAGGAGAGCUGGGAUCUUUCUUUCAGAUGUAUCAGCAGUUCUUGAGCUACCAGACGGCGGAGGAAUUCACCAAGAGCCGAGUGCUCGAGGGAAUUGCAGCAAUCGUCCAAGCCCAGGAUUCCGACGAGAAGCGCCUCGCCGGUGUUCAGCAACUGUUCGAGUAUAUUGCACAUGAUGCCAUGCAGGCUGUCAACAUCACAAAGGAGGGUGGUGAUGCUGAACAGGGUCAAGUCCUCGCCCUUACAACUUUGAAAUGCCUAGCUGCCAUCGGGAAGGCAUUGCAAGCCUCCGACGAAGAGGUGAUCGACUUAGUGUCCGACCAAAGCCCGUCGCAGUUCUGGACGCAAGGUCCAGGAAAACCCAUUCAGAACCAGAUCAUCAACUUCGUAAACUAUCUCACUCAAGUGUUCCCAAUGAGCGACGAGAUCAUCGAGGCAGCAUGCAACGUCCUGCGCGCCGGCUUCAAGGAGACCGUGCCGGGACCGUUCGUGCUGCCACCAUCAGUCACGAUCGAUUACAUUCUUAAGACGAAUGUACAGACUCCACGCCUCCCCUACGUGCUCGACACCGCCUGCUGCUGGAUAUCCUGCCACAAGCUAGACAAGUCACCAGAUUUCCAAGUACAAGUCCAACGACUCCUACAUCACGUUUUGAGCAUACUGCAAGCCCUGCAGAACCCCCGAAACGACCCCGAGAUAUCAGUGGGCUGCAUCGAGCUAAUCCAGAAAUUCGUCAGCACCAACGCACGAAUCUUCACGACUGAGAGCCCCGAGGUCCUCAAAGCCAUGUUCGACUUCUCCGUCGAAUGUCUGCAAUCGCCGGAGGUUCUACCCAAGCGCGCGGCAGCCCAGCUCUGGAAGGACAUCUUCGAGCUCGCGGGCAACACGAAGAGCCAGGACCAGAGCACGGGACAGGACAUCAUGAACCACUUCGGCGCGGCGGUCACUUUUGCCCUGAUGUACAACAUCUGCGGCGAGGUGGACUACACGAGCCUCGAGCACGUUCUCAUACCCCUGCGCAAGCUCAUCACGGCGGACCGCAACGCAAAGGCGAACAUCACGAAUGCUUUGACGUCGCAGCCGCUGAUCAUCCGAGUGAAGGACGACCCGAAUACUGAGAACAUCGUGCGACGGUUCAUCGAGAGUCUUAUGCGGAACGCGAGAUCCUCCUCAGCAUUCAAAGAGACCGUCAAAGAGUUCUGGCAGAGAUGCAAGCACAUGCAAAUGCAAUUCGCGCCGCAAUACAUGCACCCGGGCCACCGAUUCGCCCUCGGCGUCAACUGAACGGCCACAACGUCACCCUCCAUCUCCAAAUCCAACCUGACUGCCCUUUUUUUCUCCAACCCAUCCAAUCUUCACGAACCACUUAGAACUCAGCAAACGCAGCCAGCGCAAACGUCAGACCGAACGA